CCUCGAUUUCCACAAACGUCCUGUGCAUGAGCUCUUGCAGAAUGAUAAGCAUGGAGUAUCCUCGAACGCCUCCGCCAUCUGCAGCCGCACAUCAGUCCCAGUUCAUUCACGAGAAGGGUAUGGCCUCGUACCCAGUGAUAGGAUACGCAGAGGCGGUCCUUUGGUAGUAUCCUUCCGCCGGACUCCGUUGUGAGCCAUGACUCUCUGUUGCGAAGUGGGCGUAAUGUCAGAAGCGCGGAGCCGUGAGAUGUAUGUACUAGCGAGUAACUAGACGCCCAGAAGCGGGAUUUCCACGAGUCGUGAGGGAUAGGGAAGGGAAACCGGUAUAGCAAAAGUGGAUGUGUGAAUGUCGGUUGCGCAUGUGAGAGACACAAUGUCUUCCCGAGGCCCGCCUCUGCCAGGUAUUGCUCACCCGAAGCUCUCGGGAGGCCCGCGGCUAACAAGCAGACGUCACAUUUGCCAAGCCACAGCACAGCCACCGCCCCGCUCUCUGCCCAGGUGGUGGGGGCCACCAGGCACACUCCAGGGCUCUCACUUCCCCCAUUCACGACUGGCUCUGAUUCAUCCGCUAUGGAUAGCCGUCGAGAUAGGGAGAGUCCCGACUAUUACUGUAG